AUGGCAAAGGGCAAACAGCCAGCUGCUGCGACUACUUACACCCACUGGCUCGCCGAACCCGAGUCGCGCAUCGAGAAGGGUGUGGACGUCAAGUUUUCGAUUGAUGACCUCGAGCGCGUCAAGGUGUCGAGCUGGGAAGGCGUUCGCAAUCACCAAGCCAACUCCUACCUCCGCGACCAAAUGAAGAAGGACCACCUCUGCCUGUUCUACGCCUCGAACUGCAAGGUGCCCGGGGUGACGGGCAUCGCAAAGGUCGUCAAAGAGGGGUAUCCCGAUCACAAUGCGUGGGAUCCGAAGCAUCCGUACUACGACCCGAAGAGCGAUCCCGACAAGCCGCGCUGGUACAUGGUUGACGUCGAGUUCGUCUCCAAACUCCCUCACCCAGUCCCCCUCUCCCUCCUGCAACAGCUCUCCACCCUCUCCCCCUCGCCCUCCUCCUCAAGCACUCUCCCCGAAUCGCUCUCCUACCUCUCCCCGACCUUCCUCUCCUCCCUCUCCGACUCGACGCUCCUGAGAAGGGGAAGACUGAGCGUCCAGCCUUGUGAAGAGGGGUUUUUUGAGGGUGUUAGGGAGAUGGGUGAGAGGGGGGGUUGGGAAGAUUGGGAGUGGAAGAAGGCUGCUGGGGCGAAGAAGGGGGUCAAGGGGAAGAGGGCAAAGAAGGAGGUGGAGGAGGUGGAGGAGGAGGAUGUUGAUGGAGAGAAAGGUGGUGAGGAGGGUGAGAAGGAGGCGAUGGGGAGGAGGUCGAAGAGAGCGAAGAAGGCUUGA